AUGUACUGGAACAUGAUGGGACAGUACGACUCGCCGCAGAUCGAGAAUUUGCUGCAGCGCGAGGAUUUACAGAUAAGUGAGCUGCUAGACGAAGACAGUAUAAUCAACGAGCUGAUACAUCGAAACGAGAAGCUCAUACAGUAUCUCGCGAAGGAGGAUACUCUCAAAGCAAUGCUGGACUACAUAACGAAAGAUUGUGGCUAUCAAGAAUUCAGCAUGGAUAACAUGGACGAGUUCAAGACGAAGCAGCUCCGUUUCAAACGCGCUCAUCAAGUAACCGAAUUGCUUAAUGCGGACAACGAAACUAUCUCCAAGGCCCUCAUCAAGAGCGAGGAACUCACAUCGCAGUUGUUGGACAUGCUUCAGUGCGAAAAAGACCUGAACCCUCUGCUAGCCUGCUUUUUCUCGAAAAUCAUUGGAAGUCUGAUGAAGCAGCAUCCGGAAGAUACGUGGACUCUGCUCAAGAAUCGUGAUAAUUUCGUCGACGAUAUUAUGAGACACAUGUCUACUUCGGGCAUUUCGGAUUUGAUAAUGCGUCUUGUCGUCUGCCCGAGCUACAACGAUCAAGUCCGCUCGGAAAUUAUAAAUUGGAUGGUCGACGAAGAGCUCGUCGAGAAACUCAUCAACCUUAUCAAUCUCGACGAAGGUGUCCACCGCGAUCUUCAUACAUAUGCAACGAACACGAUAAACGAGCUCAUAUCUAUCUUACGAAAUGAAAAUACAGAAGCCGCGCGGUGCCCCCUGCUUAAUAGACUUACUCAAAAAUCAACAAUCGAAAAAGUGAUCGCUCAGAUGCUUGUAGAACCUAUAAACAGCGCUAUAGUCGCGUCCACAGGGAGCAUUCUCUCAACAUAUCUGGAAAAGGUGCAGCGAAUCACACCUUUCGCAGCUUGGAUCGACGAUCCUGGCCAGGAGAGCGACAAAUACUAUCCUUCAGCUGCUCCUUGUGUUGAUACUCUUGCUAACCAUGUGUCUAGACUUAAGGAAAUUCUCCGAAACCCACCGCCAGAGCCUGCUGUUGCCUUGCCUCACUGUCGUCUUGAAAAGCCUCUGGGACGCGUCCGUCUUCAAAUCAUUCGUCUUAUUUCCGAAGCCAUUCCACAAAACGUACAACCCUUCUUCAACGCACUAAAAGAUGAAAAACUAUUAGAUAUAAUUCUUUCUCUCUUUAUUGAACAUGACAAUAACUCCUUUCUUUCUGGAUACGUUCGGGAUAUGAUUAUCCACCUUCUAGACGCAGACUAUUACACGUCGGACCUCUUUCAGCAUCUCAUUAAAGAUUGCAGGAUUCUAGAAAGGUUAACGAAAGCCUGGGAAGAUAGUGUCGAGGAAGAGCUUCAAGGUCAACCGAGAAGGGGGUACAUGGGUCAUCUUUUUCAGAUUCUGAGGGUGCUCUUCGAUCUUUUGGAUGACGAAACCGAUGAGGAACCGAAGUCCAAGUACCAGGAAGAGCGUCAACAGCAAAUCAAAGACCAUUUGGCAACGAACGACAUUACGGAAGAGGAGCGGAAAAGAUGGGACGACGUUAAACAGUGUAUCAAGGAUAGAAAAAAUCUGUAUGCAAGGGAGCUUGGAAGAAGUCAACGCGCUUCAAGCCCACCGACCGUGGACCCUAGUGCGAACUCGGAAGAUCAGCUUGCGAGAUAUCAGCAAAAGAUAAACACGCCAUUCGAGUAUGAAGACAAUUUCGACGACGAUAACAUUCGCCAGGAAAACCUCAGCGACGAUGAUGAUGAAGACAAGGAAGCCAGCUUCGAAAGCCAGCUCCGGGACAAAAACGACACGCGCGACUGGUUUGGGACUGACGACAGCAAUAAGGUCGUGGAUAACAUGAUCAUGGAUACCAACCAAGAUCCUUGGGGCGAACCUGCGGAAGACAAAGAAAAUGCGGACUUUGGAAGCCCAGGAUUCGCUGACUUCGGAAACUUCGACACUCCAAGUUUUGCGAACUUUGACAGUCCUGCAAAUACGUCGAACACUUCCAACACGUCUGUAGAGGAAACAGACUUUUGUCCGCCUUCUUGCUCAUCACCAUCUGCCGAAGAAAUGGAGAAAUACACGGAUAAAGAAGAAGUUAAAGAGGAGGAAGAAAAUGAAGUCAAAAUGGAAUGCGAGUCAGCUCCCAAACGCAAAAGACUUGAUGACUCGUCAAUAGUCAUUAAGAAACCAAAAAAUCUAGUUCCUGACGAGGAUUCGCAUGAUCCCGCGCCAGAUUCUGGCGAACAUUCAGAACCAAAUACUGAGGAGGUUAAGACGGUAGACGUCAAAACUGAAGCCGGCGAGGAGGCAACCCCUGCCGAAGGCGACAAAAUUUCAACAGAUGCCAAACCAGAACCAUCCCCGACGAGCGAACCUCAAACUAUCCCCAAAGACGAGAAACCAGCCACGCCUCCUCCGACGUCAGGGGCCACUUCUAGUGACUAA